UCAGUUGAAGAUUGUUUUAAAAUAUUAUUAAGAGUUUGUGCAGAUAUAAAAAAAGAAUUAUGAUCUUCCAGCAAAUGUUUACUUUGAUAUCCAAUUAGGUUAGCAAAUGGCUUGAAAACUGCUUCGUUAUCACCUCAAGCCAUGUUAUAUUUCCUCCCUGGUUUGUUUCAUUAAUCUGUGAAAUACGCGUAAAUAAUUGCCAUGUGCAGCAUUGGAGAGGACGAUUUCGGGGAUGAGGGUGGUACCCAUGCAAUGGUUGCGGGAUCAGUGCCUUCGGGUAUCGACUUAAGCCCUGGGGAGUGCAGCAAGUGUGACAUCUCCUCUGACGAGCUCUUCCAACUCAAUUUCCGAACUCCAGAAUGUCGGGACUGUUUCCUAGCGUAUGUAAGGCACAAAUUCCGAGCCGCCCUGGGUGCCGCAAAGGUUCUGCCCAGAGACGCCGAGGUUCUCCUUGUUGUCGACGGCUCAGCCGAGUCCCUAGUCCUUUUAGACAUGCUAUACUACGCUCAGACGCAAAACACAUUCAAAAGGCUGCAUUGCAGUGCACGUAUGGUGUAUCUAGAGGAUCAACCGGUACAGGGCAGAGAUCCUGCGGAUUUGGAAUCACUCGAGGCGCUGUCCAAACGAUAUGAGGCAUUCGAGUUCUACGUGAUUACACUGGGGUUGCCGGUUGGCUCCCUAAAACUGCUUAAAGACUACUCCCCCGUGGCCCAGGAAUCUAAUGAGCUCAUCCAGAAACUCAGUCAACUGCGCAGUUUGACAAGUCGCCAGGAUUACCUCCAACAGCAGCGCAAAAACUUGAUUGCCUCCGUGGCCCAGAAGCUACAUUGCAGUCAUGUCUUCAACUCCAGCAUAAGCGUGGAUCUGGCCACUCAGCUACUGACUUCGAUCGCCUUGGGCCGUGGCGGAAGUGCCGCACUGGAUGUAGCUCUUUUGGACGACAGACUGGCGGCCGGUAUUAAGCUGCUGAGACCACUUAAGGAUUUGACCGAGCAGGAGGUGCAGUUUUAUGUGCAUGCCCAGCGACUGCAGCCACUGCUCAUGGCAAGCUCCCGAUACGGUCAAGAGCUGGGGGACGCGGCCAGUCUGCAAAACCUCACAUCCGCCUUUGUGGCCAACCUGCAGAAGAACUUUUCGUCAACGGUAUCCACAGUGUUCCGAACAGGAGGAAAAAUUUCUGAGAGCACGCAUCCAGAGCAGGCUAAAUGUAACCACUGCCAGUCAGCACUGGAUGUGGAGCUUUCCGAUACACUGCUCGCCAUUGAGUAUUCCCGAUCUGUGUCGGAGGCUGGUGUGCGUCUGAACGAAGCUAUUGAAGACCCAGAAAUAAUUUCCAAGCGAAGAAUGAAAUUAAAUGAUGAACUGUGUCACGCUUGCAGUAGUAUAGAAGCUGAUUUUAAAAACGGAAGUUAAUCAUAGGCAACAGAAAUAUAUUUUUACCCAAACUUUACAAUA